UUGACAUCAUUUGCCAACUCGUGAGGAGUGAAUCCGAUAUCAAGUCUACCGUAAAGUAUGGAAAACGAGAACUUAAUCACCGAUUUGGACAUCGCUUCGGAGGAAUUGGAAGCAGCUUUCAGUCAGUGGUCUAUCAGUGAAGACAUAGUGAGAGAGGAUGUGGCGGACAGGCGUGUGAUAAGUGGUGGCCAUAACGUGUUGAUCACCAGUGCUCUGCCGUAUGUGAAUAAUGUGCCACAUCUGGGAAACAUCAUCGGAUCCACACUCAGUGCCGAUGUCUUCGCGCGAUACUGUCGUCUCAAAGGCAUUAACACGUUAUUCCUGUUCGGAACCGAUGAAUACGGAACGGCCACCGAAAACAAGGCUCUCGAGGAAGGGGUGACUCCUAAAGAGAUCUGCGAUAAGUAUUAUAAGAUUCAUAAAGAGAUCUACGAUUGGUUUGGCAUUGCGUACGACUACUUCGGGCGCACCACCACUGAAGAGCAGACACUAAUCGCUCAGAAGAUAUUCUGGAGACUUCACGAACACUCUUACCUCUUGUCAGAGGAAACGCAACAACUGUUUUGUCCGAAAUGCGAGCGCUUUCUGGCCGACCGGUUCGUUGAAGGCAACUGUCCCUUCUGUGACUACUGCGAGGCUCGUGGCGAUCAGUGCGACAAAUGUGGUAAACUCAUCAAUGCCACCGAACUCAAGGAUCCCAAAUGCAAACGGUGUGCCACAACACCGCAGAUCAAGUCAUCGAACCAUUUGUUCCUCGAUUUACCGAAACUUCAACCGAAGAUCGAGGAGUGGUUUAAGGCGACGACUCAACUCAAGGACAACCAUUGGUCACAAACUGCUAAAGUGAUUAUCAACUCGUGGCUCAGGGAUGGUCUUAAGCCACGCUGUAUUACAAGGGAUCUGAAGUGGGGAACACCCGUUCCGUUGGAUGGCUUUAAGGACAAAGUAUUCUAUGUCUGGUACGACGCGCCCAUUGGCUACCCGUCCAUCACUGCCCACCAUAACAAGCACUGGGAGGAGUGGUGGAACAAUCCCGACGACGUGACGCUCUACCAGUUUAUGGGCAAAGACAACGUUCCCUUUCACGGCAUUAUAUUCCCGGCGUGUGAGUUUGGGACUCACGACAAGUGGACAAUGGUUAGCCACAUAUCUGCGGUCGAGUACCUCAACUACGAGGACUCGAAGUUCUCGAAGAGUAGAGGCGUCGGUGUGUUCGGCGACAACGCUAAAGACACGGGCAUUCCGGCCGACAUCUGGCGCUUCUAUUUGCUGUACAUUAGACCCGAAUCACAGGACACGACAUUCAGUUGGACUGAUUUGAUGAACAAAAACAAUUCUGAACUCUUGAAUAAUUUGGGAAAUUUCAUCAAUAGAGCGCUCGUCUUCAUUACCAACAACUUCGAGGCAACGGUUCCCGAAAUGGCAUUCCAGGCGUCAGACAAAACACUAUUGGCUCGCAUUAACAGAGAGUUAGUCCACUACUCGGAAUUGAUGGACAAACUCAAACUGAGGGACGGUAUUCGGCAUAUACUGAAUAUUAGUAGAAUUGGAAAUCAAUACAUUCAGGCGACCAAACCCUGGGAACUCGUUAAAAAGGGACCGGAGGACAGGGCUCGCGCGGCAACUAUUUUGGGACUGGCUGCCAAUGUGUCGGCGCUCUUAUCAGUGCUCCUCAUGCCUUAUAUGCCGAACACAAGUGCUGUCAUUCAAAGCCAAUUGAAUAUUAAAAUGAAUUUAUUACCGAAAGAUAAUCGAUUUCAUUGUAUACUGAAAUCCGGACACAAGAUCGGAAAGGCUGAGCCUCUGUUCAAGAAAUUGGAAUCAAAGGAAAUCGAGGCUUUGAAACAGAGAUUUAAGGGAAAGCAAGAGACUGUUGAGGCGAACGGUGCGAACAGCGCCGACCCAUUUGAGGGUCAAGUUCUCACUGUUGAUCAACUGAACGAAUUGGUGACAAAACAGGGGAAUAAAGUUCGAGACCUGAAGGCCCAGAAGGAAACUAAACCAGUGAUCGAUAAAGAGGUGAAGAUUUUGUUGGAUCUGAAGAAACGGUUGGGUUUAGUUUCGGGGGAUUCGCAA